AUGAUUGAUUAAAUAAUCAAAAUAUUUAAGCUGGCGCAUGCACUUACGCGCUAAAACCGAAGUUCCAGCAUACAGCAUGUCCAUGCACGUUCUGUCUCGUUAGCGUAUGGACUUUGACUCACGGUCACAGGGAUGGGCCAUUGCUAAGGUUAGCCUCGCAAGUAAACAUGACAUUUUCAUAACGCUGUUAGCUGCAGUAUCUAAAAAAAGAAAAGAAAGAAAAAGAAAACAUUAUUUUAAAUCGCAUGGUCUUGUUCCUGAAACAACUGCAAGGUGGUACUCUCUCGGUAGUACUGAGUGGUGCCAAAUAGAUUUCUAAAUUAUUUGGGGAUGGCUGUUGCUCCGGCAGCCGAUAGCGGGACCACAGAGCACAUCGACAUCUACGACGACGUCUUCAAUCAGUGCAGUGGGGAGGUGGGGGACUUUCUCGGUACAGCUGAGCCAGAUGAUCUAUAUGACGAUGUGUUGACUGGUUCCGUGGAUCGUGACAGACUGUUGGCAGGCGACAUGCCACUGAAGGACAAGGAUCAGCUGAAAAAUGACAACAAGCCAGCAGUACUGUACACAUACAGAGGAGGGGUGGGAGGGAAAACCAAGCGGUUGGCAGUCUACGUGGGCAACUUCUCUUGGUGGACCUCAGACAAAGACAUUCUUAACAUAACACGUACCCUGGGGGUGAAAGAUAUUGUGGAAAUUAAGUUUGCUGAGAACAGAGCAAAUGGCCAGUCCAGGGGCUUUGCUGAGGUUGUGGUGUCCACAGAGGAAUCUUUGCAGAAGUUACUGGAGACAAUGCCACAAUGUCAGAUAAAUGGAGAACGUAUGGACUGUCGAUUUGCUACUCGCCAGAACCUUGCAGUGUUUGAAGCACAGGCAAAAAAACGUAUUCCUCAGCGUUCUAAUUCAAAGAACGAGUUGUCAGGUUUUGCAGACGGACAUGCUGCAGUCUCAUCCCCUACAAAGCCCCCUCCUCCUGCUCCUCUUAUGCUCUCUCCCCCUGCCCAAACAAACAAACUGCCGUCUCUCCUUCCUCCUUUCUUCAGCCAGCCCCCUCUCUUUCCCCCACCUCCGCCCCCUCUUCCACCUCCCCCUAUGCUACCUCUUUAUCCUCCACCUCCUCCAAGCAUCCCCAGCCACCAACUGCACACUCCCAACCUUCACCUCAACCCUGCCUUCUUUUCCCCACCACAAGAGAGCUGUAGUAGCAGCAGCACAGUUUAUAGUAGGCACAGCAGGGAGAGCGAAGUCUCUACGCCGCCACUGUCCGAGGGCGAGUAUGAGGAGCUGAUAAACAGGAAUAGGACCAUCGCCAGCAGCGCCAUCACUAAAGCCAUUUCAGGAGCCACUGCAGGUGACGUCUCCAUGGCCAUAGAGACCCUUCUCACAGCUAUUGCGGUCAUCAAACAGUCCCGUGUGUACAGUGACAGCUGCUGUCGGAGCCUGGUUUCCUCCCUCAAAGACUGCCUCUUUUCCAUUGAGAGCAAGUCCUAUGGCUCCAGAAAACGGCAUCGCUCCCGUGACAGAGAGCGAGAUCGGGACAGAGACCGGGGGGGCAGUGCGUCACGUCGACAUCGAGAGCGCUCAGCCAGCGCGGAUAAAGACAGAGAGUGGGACCGGGUGCGAGAACGGCACAGAGAACACCGUGAACGGCACCGUUAGGACCCCACUCAUACUGUCAGGAGGGGGCUUUGUCUGCAAAGACUUGGUGGGGUGUGGUGGGGAUAUCAAAAGAGCAAAGAGAAAGGGUUUGGUAAAACCUCCCUUCUACGCGUUGGUCCCACCAUAAAAAAACACCCCCUCUGACUGAAUAAAUUCAGCCAAGAUCACAAAAGUAAUUCAACACAUCUUUCAAUGGACACCUCUCCAUUUUCCAUAGUUGUCUUUUAUCCCAUUGUAGCGAUAUUGUUCAAUAAUUACAUCUCUUCAUAACAAAAAUGGCUGUUAAAGCGCAGUUGCUGGUAACUGCUUACACUCUGUGACGCUACCAUGGUUUAUUUUGUUUACAUGUUAAAUGAUUGUAUGUUUUUGUUUUCUGCUCCCUCAAACCUAUUUUGUAACAAAGACAAAUUAAAAAUGAUGUAACAGGA